AUGAACUCUCUCCUGACCUUUGCUCUGCUCUUUGCUUUGGGCUUGUGCCCAGCUCAUGGGAGUGUCUUGGAGCUGUACAAGAUGAUCAGCAGAGCGACAGGGAAGAAUGCUCUGCUGCACUACUCCUUGUACGGCUGCUACUGUGGCCUGGGGGGCAAAGGAGCACCCAAGGAUGCCUCAGACAAGUGCUGCCAGGUGCACGAUCAGUGCUACGAUAACCUCCUGAGCUACCACUGCGAUGCCAAGGUGCAGGGCUACAGCUACAGCCAGCGUGGGGGCCGCCCCACCUGCAAAAGAGGCUCCUGGUGUGCCCAGCACUCCUGCGAGUGUGACCGCAGCCUGGCGCUCUGCCUGAAGAGCAACGUCCAGAGCUACAGCAUCUGGCACCUCCUCCACGCCAGGAACAAGUGCCAGUGA